AUCAUUCGAUACAAAAAGGUUGGUUUCAAAUAUCAGAUGAAGUAGUGCAAAUCUUCAGUAUGCUAAUGCAUAACAAACAAUUCAAAUCGUUUUUAAGUUGGAGAUUUAAAAUAAGAAUUAUUGUACAUCAUUGCUUUUUCAGUGAAGAUUAAUUACCAUGAUUGUAAUUUCUAUUUUUGCAAUACUUUUGUGCUUUAUUAAUGCGGUUUGUACAAAUUGUCCAGCCGGAAAAUAUGGUUACGGCUGUUACAACAAUUGCCAAUAUUCUCAUUGUUUCUGUGACCAGCAAAGUACAUGUUAUAUGUGCGAAGAUGGAUUUUGGAACAUAACGAAAAACUGCGUGUCAACAUGCGUUACUCCAGCAUGCAUAUGCUCCAACUAUACAAACUGUCUUUCGUGCAAGGACGGAUCUUAUGGAUUGGGGAAUAAGUGUGUAAAUAAUUGUUCUUCUGGAUGCAAUGACAACAAAUGUAACGAUAAUGGAACGUGUUUAAAUUGUAAGCCCAAUUAUACAGGGAACAAUUGUGAUUCGUGUGUAGAUGGCAUGUAUGGAGCAACCUGUUCUUUGCAAUGCAGCCAAGGUUGUGAAGGGAACGUCUGCAAUUCACUUGAUGGAACAUGCAACUGUAGUAAAUAUUAUCAGGGUGUAAAAUGUGAAUCUUGUAUUGAAGGUCGGUACGGAACUAACUGUUCUAAACCAUGUAAUCAUGGCUGUGUACAAGCGGAAAAAAAUAAUAAUCAGACAGAGGCAGAUCGGACAGAGGCAGAUAAACCAAACGUUGGAGCGGCUGUUGGUGGGGGAGUGAGUGUUGUUCUUGUAGUAGGAGCUGGUGUCGUUAUUAUCAUUAUUCUCAAACGAAGAAACAAAUUGUGCUGGAAAAAGCCACAAGGGGAAGAGCAACACAGCGAAGAAAUCCAAACUCCUCAGCUUAUUGUGUACGCUACAGUCCAGAAAAAUAGGCCUAAACCUGUACCCGCCAAGGAAAGGGAUACUCGGCAUGGAUAUCAGACACAACAACCUCACACUUCCUCUACCGAACUCCAUACUGAGACUGAUAACAAAUUAUACGAAGACAUUUCAUUAGGAGCUGAUGAUCCAAACUCUAUUCAAGAGAAUGUCAUUCAAGAAACCGGACGAAAUGUUAAUGUGGAAACACAACAAGUUGAACUGUUUAUUGUAGAUGAAACUGCUGAAGAUGCUAUCCUUGAAAUCGACGAAGAUGACCAAAUAGCCAGAGCAAUCGCAGCCAAGUUUGAAGAGAAAGGAGGUUUAUAUUACAACAACGCUGAUAAAAUCAAUAAACAAAAAAUCGCUGUUGACAACUUAACGACAUAUGUAAUCGAGAAAACUGACAUUGAUAUGGAAGAAGAAUUCGAGAAAUUUCCCUACGGAUUGACAAAACCAUACGCGGAUUCGCAGAAGCACGAAAAUGUUCAACGGAACAGAUAUAAAGGAAUUUAUCCAUAUGACGACACAAGGGUCAAACUCAGCGACUGUGAGACGGACUACAUCAAUGCUAGUUUCAUAGAUGGAUACAACAAAAGACAUGCGUACAUUGCAGCACUAGGUCCCAUGUCAAAGCAGCUCGGGGAUUUCGGUCCAUUUUGGCAGAUGAUCUGGCAAGAAAAAGUGGAGAAAAUUGUCAUGCUGACCAACCUUGUUGAAGAAGGAAAAGACAAAUGCGAGCAAUAUUGGCCAAACCCUGGAACAGAUAAACAUUACGGACGCGUGUUUAUUUCUUGCCAAACUGAAGCUGAAUAUGCCGAGUUUACGAGAAGAGAAUUCACAAUUUCGAAGGAUAGCGAGACCAGACAGCUUCACCACCUUCACUUUACAUGCUGGCCUGACAAAGGUGUACCUGAGGAUGUGACAGGAAUCGUUGAGUUCAGACAGAGAGUCCUGAAUCUACCUGACCAAUUUGAUGGCCCUGUUCUCGUUCAUUGCAGUGCUGGCGUCGGUAGAACUGGCACCUACAUCGCCCUAGAUAUGUUGACAAAGGAAGGAGAGAGUGAGGGAGCUAUUCACAUUCCUGGCUGUGUAAUUAACAUGAGACAAGACAGGGCCUACAUGAUACAGACGUUGAACCAGUACCAGUUUUUACAUAGAGCUCUCGUCUGUUCACUGAGUGAUAUAAGCAAACAAAUAAGAGGGAAACAUUUUCGCCAGUACAUGAAUGCGAUGGAGGAAGAAGACUUCAGUCGACAAUUUCAGGAAAUGCAAACAGUUUUAGAAAAAUCAUCAGAUAAUGAAAUACAGGCCAUUGAGAGGAAUAAGAGUUUGAAGGGCAAGAACAGACCAUUUGCAGACGUACCAGGAGAUCGCAACAGACCUAGUCUCUUUCUUGAUAUUCAAUCCGGAUCCUCUGGAUAUGUCAAUGCAGUAUACGUCGAUAGCUUGAAAGCAAGAAAUCGAUUCUUGGUUGUACAAAGUCCAACGAAAGGAACCGUGAUUGACUUUUUGACACUCUUGUACCAGGAAAAUUGUACUUGUGUCAUAAGCUUUGAACCUCCUAUGGCAAAACACAAAAGACAAACUAUUGGUUUGUAUUAUCCUGCUGACAACAAAACUUUAAAACCGGGUGUGUUUCAAGUAUGCUGUACUAAAACAGAGAACCAUGGCUACUGCACACAAAGACUUUUAACUAUCAAACACAGUGGAACUACUGGGCAACCUUCCGAAAGGGUAGUUAACCACUUUGAAUUCAAUGGAUGGAAUCAUACAAGGGAAGUUCCGGAGUCAACAAAGGAUUUUCUUAAAUUUAUCGAAAGUAUUGACGUCAACUUAAGGGAAACUUCGAACAGAGGCCCAAUUCUUGUUCAUUGUUUAGACGGGGCGGGCAAGAGCGCUUUGUUCUGUAUUGUUUCAAUUCUGCUUGAGAAGAUGGGACUGGAACAAGAAGUCAGCGUUGUGAACACAAUCAGAAAGGUCAAAUCAAGACGGAAGUCAGCGAUUCCUAAUAAGACACAGUUUGAAUUUUGCCACGAAUGUGUGUUGUCCUAUGUGAAGUCAUUUGAUUACAGUCAAUACUCGAAUUUCACUGAGAAUGUAUCUAAUGCAUUAAAUACCUAGAUAAUGCGAUUGCCUAUGCCAGGUAAACAACAGCAUACGAAGAGAAUGCGUACUUACGAUUACUGAAAGAUGAAGAAGCUGUCCAGUGUUCACGGAAAUGAAGUGACAUUAAUCCAAAGGAUGAUAUAUAUUGAUACCAAAAUAUUUGACAAUACUUGUAGAUUUUUUUCUCCUGUUUUAACAUACAUAUAUGUAUACUAUCUGUUUUUGUUAAUAUAUGUCCAAAACUGUAUCCAAUAUGUAUGCUGUUGUGUAUGUCGAGUCCAUAAUGUCUUUCGGGCCUACAGCCCUCAUGCCAUUAUGGACAUCUUCGGGCGAUUACCGCAUAAUGGCGAGCAGCAAGCAAUCAUUAACCUCUAAUUACACCUUACUCUAUCACAUCGCUUACUGCACGUGUAUCAAACGCAUUUACUUGGUUUGUCAACCACAUUUAUUUCUUAGUUAAAUUAAAUACAGCGUCGGUAUAGGUAUAUGUACUUAUCACGUGACAUUCGCAUGCUAAAUAUACACACUAUAAACUAGGAAACCAUUAUGCGCUCUUUUUAAACGGGUAAACUGACCUGAGACAGCGACAAAAUAUUCAUUUAAUCAUGUAAAAUUAUGUAUUAUCGGCCUCAUACUAGCUCGUACUGACAAUUCUAGGCUUGUUUUGGUGGAAAAAAUGUAUGUGCCAUUUAUGGGACUAUCUGCUGUCUUGCCCCUUUAGAACGAUGUUAUAUGCAUUAAUAUUUGCAAUAUAUUUUGAUAAUUGUUAAUGAAUGAAAAUAAAUGCAAUGUAA